AUGUAUAACUCAAGCAACUACAGCUGCAAUUACAACCCCAUUUUCUCAUCUAAUAUAUUCAACAUCCCUUCUCCUUGUAUACAAUAUGAACACGAACUUUUCUUCCAAUAUUACCAUGAUCACCUUCAACAGAAUCUUGAUGAUACCUUAGCUGAGAUCAGUACUGAGACUGCCAUUAUUAACACGGCAGAUUCCAACAAAGACGACACUAUAAUCAGUAGAAAUGAACUUGAACAAGAACAGGAAGCGCGCAAGAAUAAAAAGGGUAAAGUAAGCAGCAACAAGAGAGUGGCUAAGAAAGAUAGACACAGCAAGAUUAACACUGCUAAAGGCCCGAGAGACCGAAGAAUAAGACUUUCAAUUGAUAUUGCUCGCAGUUUUUUCAAUUUACAAGACAUGUUGAGGUUCGAGAAGGCCAGCAAAACUCUGGAGUGGUUGCUUAUAAAGUCAAAAUCUGAUAUCAAGGAGCUCUCCAAAAGUCGAUUAAACAAAUUAAGGUGCAGUACUGUUAUGGGUGCAAAUAGUGAAUCCUCUACUUCUGAAUGUGAAGUUGUAUCAGGAAUUGAUGAAUCUCCAUCUGAUCAAAAGGAAAAUGCUAAAGGAAAUUCUUGCAACAAGGAGAAGAAGAAGAAGAAGAAGGAGAAAUCAGUUCGUCGAGCUGCAUUUUAUCAUCCAUUUGCAAAGGAAUCAAGGAAACAAGCAAGAGAGAGGGCAAGGGAGAGAACAAAACUAAAGAAAAACUUUUGUGAAUCUCAUCAUUUGAACUUAAGAUCUUGGAGUUUCUCCGAACGGUCGGGAUAUACUAGCAUGAAUCAUCUUUGUCAAGAAAUGCAAGCUGAAGUUGAAGAACUCACCUCGCACAAUGAGAAACAGCUUAUAUUAGGGACAAAAGAAAACAUUGCUAAUGAUUGUAAUUUGGUGGCUACUGGCAAUUGGAGCCCAAAUGCCAUUUUCAACUAUCAACAAAAUGCUGGAAUUCCUCAUGAGAUUUUGCUAUGUGGCAUUGAAAGAAUUAUAGAAGUAUUUCUCGUGGGGAUGAUUAUGUAUGAGAGAUGUGUUAGUCAUUCGAGUGGUGGAGUUAGGAUCGCUAUGUUGAUUCAUGUGUUCUAUGGAUUUGGAGACUGGGAGUUCUCAGAAGCAGAUUGUUUCGGAGUUGCGGACUGUGAAGAUGUGGCCAAAGGCUGUGGUAUAUUGUGUUAUUCGCUUCUCCAUAUCUAUGGUCAUGCACUUCGUGUAAUUGAUGUUGAAUUGCGUGUAGUUGUUGACUUUGAGCAUUGUGGAUUGAGAUUCGUUUGUCUUGGUUAUACUAUGUUUGAUGGGUUCAUAGGGGUUAUGGAUGUUGUAUUGGUGUGGCAUGUUGAUAUAAUGGUUGUGUUUGAUGAGAUGGGGUCAUUGGACCUAGAAUGUGUACUAUCAGAUUUGAUUACAGUAUGUAUAGAGGAAGAAUAUCGAAAGUCGGCUUAUGAUUUGGCUUUGGUUCUUGUCGUACAAAAGAGGACCAUGACUUGUCGAUCUGAUGAGUGGUUAUGA